AUGGUUUCAAGUGUUACUACAACGGAUUUCUCAUCUGAAAUUGGCUUUAAUAAGUUCCCUUAUCUCUUAGUAAAAGUGUCUGAAGCUAGAAACUUGGGCUCUUUCUCAGAGAAUUGCUCACAAUUCACACCAUAUGUAAAAAUCUCAACUGGGUCUCGAUCUUACUCAACAAUUGCCAAAAAUGUUUCAAAUACAGUGCAUUGGGACGAAACUUUUGAAAUCUCAGGAGACAGCCAAAAGCCACUAAAAUGUUGUCUUAUGGAUCGAGAUGAAUUUGAUGGCGACAUAAUGCUAGCUGGCUUUGCGAUUCCUAGAGAGCUGAUAAAGCAAUUCAUUGAAGAAACCACAUUGUGAAUAAAGCUUGAGCAAGAUUUAAAUUGCGGAGAUUCUUUUGAAGAAUCACAAAUUAUCAAGCCAUUUUGCAAUGAAAUAAAAGUUGAGGACCCAGAUCACUAUUCAGAGCCAAUUGUAUGCUUAAAAUUGACAUAUUACGGCCUUGAAUGUCUUAAGGAAUAUAAUGCUGAAAUCACAGAUUAUGAGUCAGCAGUAAAAAACAACGAAUUAUUCACCCAGUACACAGUGACUGUCACAAGAAGAGAUGGGUUUUCCUGGAAAAUAAAAUUCAGAUACUCUCAAUUAGACAAUAUCAGAAAAAGCUUAGUCUUGCAAUUUCCUGAAUUAAAAAAAUUGUACUUUCCUGGGAAGACUUUUUCGCUAUUUAAUUUAGUCUCACUGAAAAGUCAAUUUAAUGAAGAGCUCCUCCAGAAAAGAAAAAUCGACAUGGAAAAGUUUUUGAAUUAUGUUUUGAAGUAUCGAUACCACGAAAAAAGUCAAGAAUUUAGUGAGUUUCUUAAUAUGCCAGCAGAAAUAAAAUAA